CACACACUUACUUUUUAGUCUUUGUCAUAGUAUAUUUAUAUGACACCUUUGUUCUCUCUCUUAGCAUAAAUAUCAAAAGGAAUAUUGCGUAAAUAACAGCGUUGAUUGGAGCGUAUUUGCAUAAAAAUGGGCAAGUCGACACCGUCUGCUUUGCAGAGCGAAAAGCAGAAAAGAAAUAUUCGUGAUGUGGAGCUUUCGCGGCCUAGAAAGUUCUUUACAUCUAGGGAUUUUGGAAUUGUUUUGUUACUCUCAGUUGUUGCUUUCGCUGUUCGAGUUCAACGUUUAAUGAAUCCUUCUAAGGUGGUAUUUGAAGAGUUAAGAUACGUGAAUUAUGCCGUUGACUAUGCAUCAAAUAAAUUUGUAAUGGAUGUUUAUCCUCCUCUUGGAAAGCUAUUAUUGAGCUUUGGUCUAACAUUUAUGAACUCCAAUCCUGAUCUUACGAAAGUAAGUCAUCCAGGACAGGAAUUCCCUUCUUUCGAAACUGCGAGAUCUCUUCGCCUCAUCAUCGCUGCAUUUGGUUCUCUAUUGAUCCCUUUAAUGUAUGGUAAUGUGUAUCUUUCCUCAAACUCAAAAAUGGCUGCCUUCAUGGCUUCUGUUUUUGCUAUCUUUGACAAUGGAUUGAUUACAAUGAGCCGUUAUGUAAUGAUUGAAAUCCCUACUUUAUUUUUUAUGGGCUUAACUUCUUUUUUCUGGAUGUACUAUGAAAACCAACAAAAAUAUCCUUUUGCCCUAAAAUGGCAUAUCAGCCUUCUAUAUACGGGUAUCAGUCUUGGCCUUACAAUUAGCACAAAACUUUCAGGACUGUUUACACUAUUUUGGAUAUUGGUUUUGGCACUUUUCCAUCUUUGGAAUUUGAUUGGUGACCUUACUGUUCCUAUUACUCGUAUUAUUCGUUAUGGUUUUAACUACACAUUCUAUCUUAUAGGAGUUCCUAUGGUUGUGUACUUGGGUAUAUUCGCAGUUCAUUCAAAAUUAGCCUAUAAGUCUAAUAUUUAUGAUUCAUUUUUGACCCCUGAGUAUAAGUAUUCUUUGGAGGGUAACGAUUUUGGAGAAGAAUAUGCAGAUGUAGCAUAUGGUUCUUUGGUAACAAUCCGCAAUGCAAUUCCUGAACAUGGUUACUUGCAUUCAAACGAACUCGUGUAUCCCGAAGGCACCAAACAACAAAUAAUAUCAUUGGUGGAUCAUCCUAAUCAGAAUACUCUUUGGAUCAUUGAGCAUGAGAAUGCUGCUGAUAAUGACCGCAAAAAAAUUGAAUUAUUGAAGGAUGGUAGUAUCGUUCGUCUUCGCCAUAUUAUGACAGGGAGAGCUUUACAUUCUCAUGAUCACAGACCUCUUGUGAGCAAUCAUGAUUGGCAGCUUGAAGUUUCUGGUUACGGUGGCUUUGGUUUCGAAGGAGAUGGAAAUGAUUUAUUCCGUAUACAAAUACUUGACCGUCCUUCUCGACAUGCUUCUUCCAACGGCACCGUUGAAGCAUUUAAUACUUAUUUUAGACUGAUUCACGUAUUUACUAACUGUGAAUUAAUGACUUCUCACCGCCGUCUUCCUGACUGGGGCCAAGACCAUCGUGAGGUUACAUGCUGUCGAAACUGUAUUGAGCGAAGUACAACUUGGGUCAUUGAGUCAAAUUUCCACGAUGCCAUGCCGUCUGAUGCUAGAAAAACGAAUUACAGGAAGCCAAGUUUCUUUGAAAAAUUCAUAGAAGCAAACAAGUUGAUGUGGUUGAAGGACCGAAAAAUGGGAGAUGGACAUGAAUUUGAAAGCCAUGCUUUGACAUGGCCUUUCUUGUUAGGACCUUUGAGAUUUAUGUCGGAUCAGAACCUCCAAGUUUACUUCAUGGGUAAUCCAGUUGUUUGGUACAGCGUAGUGUCCCUAAUUGUUUUCUUUGCGUUGGUAAUGUUGUUUUUCGCUGCAAGAUGGAAUAUGGGAUACAACGAUUGUGGUCCUAAGUUUUAUCAUCAUUCGUAUAACAUUGGCAAAUUUGCUCUUGCCUGGUUUAUUCACUGGGCUCCUUAUAUUCUUGAAACGGAUCGUGUAUUUUUAUAUCAUUACCUUCCAGCCUUGUACUUCGGAAUUAUGGCACUUGGUGUAGGCUGGGCAUUCGUUGGAAAUGUGAUUUUUGAGCACCGUCCAGCCUUUUCUUUCGUUACAGCAGCCUUCAUUACAUUGAUGUUUGGUGUUUAUUACCUUUAUAGUCCUUUUACCUUCAUGACCCCUUUAACUCAAUCGUCCUGCCAGUCCCUUGAAUUGAAAGGUUCUUGGAAUUUCAGAUGCAAUAGCUACAUGGAAUCCUUAUCCCAAUACAAUUCUGGUAUAGUAAAUCCAAUUUUCUAUGAGGAAGCUGCUCCCCAUCCAUUUGUGUAUAAUGGUCCAGCUGAAAAUUCUCACUCAGACGUUCCUCUAAAAGAGAACCUUGCAGUAUAUUAUCCAGCUUGGGAUGCUCAAGUUGAGAUGGGUUACAAGAUUGCAGCUGAAGAAAAGGCUGCUAUGGAAGCAAAAGAAGCAGCAUCAGCUGAAGCCGCUUCUAUGUCUUCUGACGAGACUUCACGCAGUGAGCCAUCAGAUUAAGUGGGCGGCUAAGCUCAUAACGAUAUAAUAAUAAUUGACCUUUGAGUAAAAAGAAAUUUUGAAGUAACUAAUCAGUUACGAAUUGCUCAAAAUCUGGAUUUACGAUUGGUACUAUUGCAAAGUACUGUUCUUAUUUAUCUUACAAAUCAAAGUAAUUACUGGAAAACUUCUCUUAUAACUAUUAAUGUAGAAUUUGGCGAUCUUUUGCAAACAAACGGACUGUCUAUCUAUAGGUAGCAGGAUGAGGUUGUUUAUUCUUAUCGAUUUUGACUUGACACAUUUAUAUCUGUUUGUAGAUGUAAUACUAUUUUCUUUCUUUAUGUGAAGGAUACGCUAUAACUUAAAAACCUCUAAAACUAAACUGAAACUGUAU